UCGAACUCAAGCUGAUUGAGACAUCAACGGCAACUCAAGCUCUAUAGAGUCUAUAGCUUAUGUUCAUCUGUUGAUGUCUUCGUUUUUCUUUUCCAUGACGUAUACAGUCCGAUUAUAAUUAUACUAAACCGGAUCUAAAUAUGCGAUUAGGACUGAAUAAUGCAUCAGACAACAAUUGGCAAUUUGGUGUGGCCUUACAAAAAAGACCUGGUAUGAUUUGGGCACGGCAGAGUUGUAUUUUUAAAUGUAGAUCUUGUGUUCCAACUAAAGGGCCAACAAUUCCUAUCACGCAUAAAGAUAAAAAUGUACCGAACACUUUGAUUCUGAUACUGACUGAUGAUUUCUGUAGCCAGAACCAAUGGCUUCCAGUUUCGUAUCAUAUUACAUACUACCCACAGGAUGAUUUAUCACUAGUGAAGAACAAAACAACUGCUGCUUCUCCGUAUCUGAGGAGAAUUGAACUGAAUGAUGUAGAGGACAAUAAAACGUAUAACAUUUCAUGGAGAAUAAGUUCUAGAUCAUUGCAAUAUGGAAAAGCAACUAAUUUCACAGUUUAUACAGGUCCAAGUGAUUUGAAUGUUUUACAUCAUAAAGAAGUGAUUCCAGUAAAAGUUCCUGUAAUAGCUGCUGUCUCCGUUGUGCUGUUGAUGAUUUUGAUUACAAUUGUAUGGUGCGUACGAACACACUAUAAGGAAUACAACCCUGGCAUUGAUUUACCAUUAAUUCAGCCUUCUACACACUGAACACAGUUUGAGGAAGAUACAAAAUGAAAAGUUCUAUAUUUAUGAUAAACAACAUCAAAUGAAUCUAAAAAAUGCGUAUACCGUUUUCCUUAGAGUUGAAAUAAUACCUUUACUUGGUAUAGGAAUAAGCAAACAAACCGUUCGUUAAGUUGGAAGGAAACUUUACAUGUAUGUGAAUCUGAAAUGUUAAGGCUCAUCUAAGACAAUAAUACAAUUUGACGAUCGGUAUCUAUGUGGCAUGUUUUCCAUAUAUUUUUCUUUUACUACUGUAUCAUCAUAAUACUAUCACUCAUGUCCCUCUGGUAUCUUUCGCCUCUCUUUUUCAGUAGUCAGCACAUCUGUGUUGACAUGAAUUAUCAUCGAUAUUGUCAAAUUUAUGAAAAAACUGUUUACAAAACUCUGAAUUCUUCGAGGAACAGAUUACUUUAGUUUUAUUUGGCAAAACCUUUUGGAAUAUUUGGUCCUUAAUACUCUUCCACUUAUUACUUUAUUUGACCUUUUAACGUUUUAGAUUCGAGCGUCCCUGGUGAGUCUUUUGUAAACGAAAAGCGCGUCUGGCUUGCAAAUUAAUAA